AUGAGCUCAAGUUUGCCUAGGUCUUUACUCCGUUUAGGACAUAGAAAGCCUUUGUUUCCACGAUAUAAUACUUUCGUGAACUCAUCGGUAAUAACUCAUACGUCACUGCUUAGAACAAGAUUAUAUAGUAAUGGCACCGGCGCAACAUCAGGAAAGAAGGAUGACAAGACUAGGAAUAAACCUAAGCCAUUAUGGCCUCAAGUAAAAUCCGCUUCUACGUUCACCUUUUCUGGCAUACUUGUGAUAGGAGCUGUUGGUAUAUCUGCUAUUGUUAUUUACCUAAUUCUUUCAGAACUAUUUUCGCCUUCAGGUGAUACACAGCUUUUCAACAGAGCAGUUUCUAUGGUAGAGAAAAACAAAGAUAUAAGAAGUUUGUUACAGUGCGACGAUGGCAUUACGGGAAAAGAAAGAUUGAAAGCGUACGGUGAGCUUAUAACGAAUGACAAAUGGACAAGAAACAGGCCUAUAGUAUCUACCAAAAAAUUAGAUAAAGAAGGUAGGACACAUCACUAUAUGAGAUUCCACGUUGAAUCCAAAAAGAAAAUAGCGUUGGUUCACUUAGAGGCUAAAGAAUCCAAACAGAAUUAUCAACCUGACUUUAUCAACAUGUACGUUGAUGUUCCCGGAGAGAAGCGUUACUAUUUGAUCAAGCCAAAAUUGCAUCCGGUUUCUAAUUCGAAGGGCUUUCUGGGAAUUAGAUGGGGCCCCAGAAAAGAUUAA